AUGGCAGUUUUCAACCUGACUCCCUCUGACUCUUCAACAUUCAUCCUUACAGGCAUCCCUGGCCUGGAACCUGCCCAUCUCUGGAUUUCCAUCCCUUUCCCCAUGUUCUACAUUAUUGGACUCUUAGGAAAUUUCAUAGUUAUCUUUGUUGUAGGCAAAGAACAGACCCUGCACAAGCCGAUGUACCUGCUGCUCUGCAUGCUGGCUCUCACAGACAUCAGCAUGUCUACCUCUGUCAUGCCGAAAGCACUGUGUAUAUUUUGCUUCAAUUUGAAAGGCAUUACUGUGGGUGGCUGCCUCACCCAGAUGUUCUUCCUUCACGCAGUUUCUACUUUGCAUUCAGCCAUCCUUGAGACAAUGGCCUUCGAUUGCUACGUUGCCAUAUGUAACUCUCUGAGAUAUGCCACGAUCCUCACCAAUGUUGAAAUAGCUAAGCUAGGGCUAGUGGGUUUGAUAAGAGCUGUUCUCUUCAUGCUGCCGCUACCCCUGGUCCUGAGCAGGCUGCCGUUCUGUGCCAACCACAUUAUUCCCCAUACGUACUGCGAGCACGUAGAUGUGGUGAAGAAGUCAUGUGGGGACAUCACAAUCAACAGGACUUAUGGCUUAGUGAUGUCCUUUGUAAUCAUUGGGUUAGACCUGACACUCAUUGCCCUGUCCUAUGGUCUGAUCAUCAGGGCCAUCCUCAGAAUAUCCUGCAAGAAAGCCCACCAGAAAGCCCUCAAUACACACAUGUGUGUGAUGCUGACAUCUUAUACUCCCUUCCUCUUCUCUAGUCUGACACAUCGAUUCCGUCAAGGCUUCUCUCCCCAUGUUCACAUCAUCUUGGCCAACCUCUAUCUACUUUUGCCCCCCAUGCUCAACCCUAUCAUUUAUGGGGUCAAAACCAAAGAGCUUCGUGAUAAAGUGUUCAAAUAUGCCUGA